UCAGGCCGGCAUGGAGGCAGGCGAUUGGCUGAGGGGUGGAGCAGCGUCACAGCCACAGCGAGGGGAGCUCUGAGGAUGCACGGCUGAUCGGGGGGAGAAAAACACAUUCGCUGGGAAUUUGCAAGGCGGACGAGCUGAGCUUUCAACCUGCUGCACGCUGGCACCACUCUGCAUACCAAUCUGACCCGCGAGUGACGUCGUUCGGCCUCAGCUGUCACCCUUAGGACCUUGCCCUGUCUGCAGCCCUCCAGCCUUUCCAGCCAUGAACUACCUGCGCCGGCGCCUCUCGGACAGCACCUUCAUCUCCAACCUGCCCAAUGGCUACAUGACGGACCUCCAGAGGCCCGACCCCGCUCAGCCUCCUCCCCAAGCUACUGCCACCCCGGCCAAGUCUCCCACGCCGGGAACCACACCGCCCACCACCUCCCCGACCCCUUCCCCUGCUCCGGAAAGGAAACCCCAGCCGUCCCAGUCCAGCGGGUCGGGCUUCUUCAGCUCCAUCACCAACGUAGUCAAGCAGACUGCCGCCUCAGCAGGACUGGUGGAGCAGACCACAAUCACGACGCCAAAGAAGUUCAGGAUCCUCCUGGUCAUCGAUGAGCCUCAGCAGGAGUGGGCCAAACUCUUCAGAGGGAAAAAAGUGCUGGGAGAUUAUGACAUCAAAGUUGAACAGGCUGAGUUCAGUGAGAUCAACGUCAUAGCUCACGCCAAUGGGAGCUGUAAUGUGGACAUGCAAGUUCUGAGAAAUGGCACCAAGGUGGUCAGGUCAUUCAAGCCCGACUUUGUGCUCAUCCGCCAACAUGCCUUCAGUAUGACUCAGAACGAGGACUUCCGUAACCUGAUCAUUGGUCUGCAGUACGGGGGUAUCCCCACUGUCAACUCCCUGGAGUCCAUCUACAACAUGUGUGACAAGCCUUGGGCGUUCGCCCAGCUCAUAAGCACCUACAGGAAGCUCGGUGCAGAGAAGUUCCCUCUGAUCGAACAGACCUUCUAUCCCAACUACAAAGAGAUGGUCGUCAUGCCAGCAUUUCCUGUAGUCGUGAAAAUCGGACACGCUCACUCAGGAGUAGGAAAGGUGAAGGUGGAAAACCACAGUAAGUUCCAGGACAUAGCCAGUGUGGUGGCUCUCACCCAGACCUACACCACUACUGAACCCCUGAUCGACUCCAAGUAUGACAUCAGGAUCCAGAAGAUUGGCAAUGACUACAAAGCCUACAUGAGGACCUCAAUCUCUGGCAACUGGAAGACCAACACAGGCUCAGCCAUGCUGGAACAAGUGGCCAUGACUGACAGGUACAAGCUGUGGGUUGACACCUGCUCAGAGAUCUUCGGAGGGCUGGAUAUAUGUGCUGUCAAAGCCAUUCAUGGAAAGGAUGGGAAAGAUUACAUCACUGAGGUGGUGGGGUCCUCCAUGCCACUGGUAGGAGAGCACCAGGCCGAGGACAGGCAGCUCAUCACUGAAAUGGUAGUGGCCAAGAUGAACCAGGCAGCAGGACGGACACCGACCGGGUCCCCUAACAGACCUACCACAAUGCAGCCAUCACAGAGCGGUGGCCAGAAAGACCUGGCGCUUGAUCCUAAGACCGGCGCAACACGGCCUCCUCAAGGGGUCCAGGUGGAAUCCCAAGGAUCACUGUCACUAAGUUCCGGGCCUGCUCCAAAAGCCCCCGAUAAUGACCCAAGCCAGAGGCCUACUGCUACUACACAGCAGCCCAAGUCAGCGAGUCAGGACAAGCCACAGCCACCUCCAGAACAACCUGUGAAGCCUGCUCCCCCAAGACAGCGCAACUCCGCGCCUCAGCUCCAAGCAGAGUUCCAGGCCUCCGUGAUGCCCAAGUCUGAGCCACUGGUCCAACCCCAAAAUGAGCCACUGACUCCAGCAGAAGGAAAGGACCAGAGCCCUGAGCAGAGCCUGUCUCCAGUGGUUGAUCAGCCAACAGCAGAAGAAAAGGCACAAACACAUCCACCACUGAAUAAAUCUCAGUCCCUGACCAGCACCUUUGGCCUGAAGGAAACAUCUUUCUUUCGCACAGCCAGUGAGGAUGUGGCCAAGGCCGAGACCAUACGCAACUUGAGGAAGUCUUUUGCGAGUUUGUUCUCUGACUAACCGAGAAACAGAGGGAAUCAAAAGAGACAUGCCGAAACCAGUCUCAUCCGCCUCUGUGUAAUAACCUGCUUGUUUAUCUACAUGCCGUGUCAUUUAACUGAUAUUGAAUGUGUGCUGAGCUCAGAGGUCAGGGAAAACAACAGGGACGUAGGUUGCAAUAAACGGAAUGUCUGGAGAUGUGAAGGUUUGUUGAUGGUGAUGCACAUUCCCUUCUGGCAGAGGUAGAGCACAGCGGCUAUAAUCCUGUUUCACAUUUCAUGUUCAUUUUGAAUGUUGUAGCUUUAUGUGUCAUUUCUUUUAAUAGUUUGGAUGUUUAGGCUACCGUCAGACAUAGCGUAAUGACAUUAUAACACAUGUUUAAAAUCACUCCCAUUUUCACAUUAGCUAAUGCACUCUCAGAUCAUCACGUGAUUGAACUGACUGCAUGUUCCCAUAGAGACGGGAAUCCACAGCCUUAUUGCUAAUGCCUGGUUAUUUAUUGCAUGUAUGAAGUGCAUGUUGACAAACUGUUCAGUAUGGAGUUGAAUCAUAGACUAUGUUACAUACACAGUAAUAGAUAUUUGGCUUUCUUUGUAGACAGUACUGUUUGCAUGAUUAUAUUCACUGAUUUGUUAAUAAAGUUAACAUGCAUCAAUAAUCAAGGGGAAUCUAAGGGUAUGUUCCUUCACAAUAGCAAUCCGUUAAGCAGUGGAAUUCCAUUUAGAUUGUAGUUUUUGUGAGAUAGAGUUACCUUUGUAGCUUUAUUGAUCAAUAGGCCUGUAUGGAUUUAUUUGUAGGCCACUGCUGCUCUGAAUACAGUGAGAUUAAUGGGAAAAUAUCAAAUUGUCAUACAUCAGUAACGACACCUAAGAAAAUAAUUAAUGUAAAAGUGAAGAUUGCAUAAAGUAAAAGUUGUAUGAAUAUAUUUAACUAAAUAGAGUAUGUUUAAUGUCCUUCUAUCAAUAUCCACCUGAGUCAGACUGACCCAGCAGCUUAUCUUGGACAUUAUAGACAUUUUCCAAACUGGGGGUAAAUGCUACAGACCAUUGGAUUUGAGUGGUGGUUCUGAAUGUGAACCAACCAUUCAGUGUGGGCUGAGCUAGAGUGUUCUGUUGUUUUGGGGAGUCUAAGAGUUGUAAAGAGUCUGAAUGGUUUAAACAAUAAACUAUAAGAAUAUAUCAUCGGAACAUUUAAAGUCUCACAAGCACUUUUACAGUCAGUAUAUGUCUGUUUUUCUCCUAUGAUGCAUUCAAGCACCCAAAAAAAGAUAGAUCCAUGAAAGAUUCUAGGAAAUCCCCAGACAAAGUGCUGUCUAAAACUGUUUCAAGCUCAUAGUCACUGCAUGUCAGAAACUUUCUGGGGUUUGAGGUUUGACAAUUUAAUGGGAGAAGUAAACAACGUGUCCAGACAUGUCCAAUUCUUGACAUGUAAAAUGAAAAACAAGAUGUGAAAGUGACAAAAUAAAGGGUUGUCUUUAACGUCA